CACAGGGAUACAAACAUGACCAGAAACAGUGCAAGAAUCAUUGAAAUAGCGGACAAUGUUUCAGAGGGUGACAAGAUGGCCCCAGAAGACAUGAUGUUUUCCUACAAAGGUAUUUUAUACCCAGCUACAAUUACCAGCCCAGAGACUUCGGAAGCUCUGAAAUCCUUUGAAGCCAGGAGCGAUGAUGUAAUUCUAGUAGGUUAUCCUAAAACAAUAACCAAUUGGCUUGAACAAAUGGCGAAGGAGAUGGCAGAUGCCAAAUAUACAGAAGAGGAAAUGAAAGAGAGAAUAAAUGCUGAAAAGAAGCUAGAGAUAUUUCAGUGUCUAGAAUUGGGGGAUCCUGGGAUAUAUGAGAGGAGGAAGCAGCUUCCUUCAAGAAUUAUAGUAACCAAUCUGAGACCUGAUUUCCUGCCUCCAUCCAUUUUCCAAACCAAGGCUAAGAUCCUUGUGCUAGUUCGGAACCCUAAGGACACGGCUGUCUCCUAUUACCGCUUCAGCAACAACCUACCAGUUGCCUUUGACUCCUGGGAUGACUUCUUUGCAGACUUCAUGAAUGGAAAAUUGGCCUGGGGAUCCUACUUUGACCACCUUGUGGAAUGGAACAAAUACAUUGACAAUGAGAAGAUCAUGACAAUAAGCUACGAGGAACUCAAAGAGGACACAAUACUGGGGAUGAAAAAGAUUGCUUCCUUCUUUGGAUUUUCCCUGUGUGAGGAAGAUUUUUCCAGAAUUGCCAAGAAGACCACUUUCAAACCUAUGAAAGAGAAAGCCAGUGAAACCCAUGAAAAGUUUGGCAAUGUCCUCUUCCAGAAAGGGCAUGUUGGAAGCUGGAGAGACGUCUUCUCUAAAGCUCAGAAUGAAGAAAUGUACCAGAAAUUUCAAGACUCCUUAGGAGGAACAAAGAUGGCAGCAAAGAUAAAAUAUGAUGUGUACUGCAAGGCCUGAAAAUAAGCAGAUGAAUAGCAUGGCAGCAAGUCACGUUCCAAAGGUGAUUUGUCCCCAUUUUUCAUUCCAAUGAGCGAAGAGAGAAACCCCUCUGAGAACUACCCAGCACCUCCCAGAAUUUGGUGGGUAAUUCUUAGGUGUGUCCAGGGUCUAGAGCUUGUACUUUGAUUGAUGUAACCAAAUAAAAUGUGUGUAUACCUCAA